CUUCUGUCUGCUCUCGGCGCAAAUAUGGCGAUAGAGUGAGCGGGCUAGGAUUUAGAGAUGUGACAAAAAGCUUUUUUUACUAGUUUUACUGUUUUAAAGAGUUUGAGAGUAUACACCAGCCGUCAAAAGAGUGAAAUAAAGUUUUUGUAUGCUGCUUUAUUGAGUUGGCUAGUGCUUAUAACGCAGAUUAGGAGUUCUGCCAUUUUUUCAGACUAACGUCAGGACAGUGCUGGAAUCAUGACUGCAAGUAUAGGAGAUGGGAGCUGUUUAGGCAUGAGUCUGUCUGCUUUAAAGAGACUUGACCCCUAUAUCAGCAGCAUCACAGACCUGGCCAGCCAAGUAGCGCUCUACACAUUCAACAACAUUACAAAUGAAUGGGAGAAGACAGAUGUGGAGGGAACUCUUUUUGUCUAUAACAGGCUCGCUUCCCCCAGGCAUGGCUUCACCAUCCUGAAUCGCUUGAGCAUGGAAAACCUGACGGAACCCAUCACUAAGGAAUUAGAUUUUCAACUGCAGCAUCCGUUUCUCCUGUACAGGAAUGCCCGCUUGUCCAUCUACGGAAUUUGGUUUUAUGAUAAAGAAGACUGUCAACGUAUUGCAGAACUCAUGAAGACUUUGGCAGGACAGGAACAACAGCUACAGGCACAGGUGCAGGUGCAGAGCAAAAGCGUAUCUCCACGAUCGGCGGAGCAGGGGGUGGAUAUCCUGCAGAUGCUCACUAAAGCACGAGAUGACUAUGACAAGGGGAAAAUCACUUCUGAACCAAAAGAGAUUGGCAGUGGUGGUGUCAUCUAUGGAAACCCACAUCUUAUUAAACCUAUUCCUCUUAAACCAGCACAAGACCAGCACAUACAGGGACGAACACAGCAGGAUGGAGAGAUGGACCCCAAACGUCUCUCUGUCACCGCUUUGUUUGGUACCCAGCCAAAGCCAGACUCGCUCUCCCCACAGCCCAGCUCAAGUGUCAACAGGACGGGCUCAGCUCGAUCUACAGUAGCCCGUUCUUUGUCUUACGAUGACCCGUCCACACCAGGUGGCCCUGUGGUUUCCAACCCCCCUAUGCAACACUGUCCAGCCAUCCACAAGCUCAUGUCUGGGUCACUGCUGCAGCCCCUGUCUGAGUCCCCAAAGAGCCGUCUGUGUGAAAACGGAGCUAUCCAGAACCAGCCGGACCCAAUACAAAGACUGUUAAUGAACCAUCCUCCUGUGGCAGGGAUCUCGCCCGGCCUGCAGGGAGAAUGUGGGGUGGUGCCCCAAAUCCACCCUACGCCAAAAGUAUCAGGAUCGACCCAGGCACAGUACUCACUGUAUGUCCCUGCCAACAAAGCGCCCCCUGCUGGGGUGGGAAGCGGUGUAGUGUCACCCCAUGAGCUUCUGCAGAGGCUCACUUUGGUGCAAAAAGAGCAGGAACUCAACCCCCGUCUAGAGCUCUUACAAUCCAACCUGACCAACGUCAACUCCAGUCUCAGCAAAACCAAUCUAGCACAAGUGAUGUCACCACAACGUAUCCCAGCAACAGUAGCUCCAACCCUCCUCCUGUCACCCAGCAUGUUUUCUAAGACUAAAACCACAACCACCAGAACAGCAUCAGAACCAGAACCCAGAGCACUUAGCAAAACUCAGCUACAGGCCACACUGCUCCAUCUCAUUACGAACGAUGUCUCAUUUCUAGACACCAUCUAUGAAGCAUAUGUCUCCCGUCUAGCAACAGACUCCAGCUCAAAACCUUUCUGAAGCAGGAACACCAUCUGCAAACACAAACGCAAAGAUUUCACAGUCUGGACACAUGCUGUCAUCCCAUCUCAGGACUCCCCCUGCUGUAGCCAGUGUAGAGCUUGUAGUAGACACCAGAUUUAUGUCAGGUUGUGGCUAAAUUGGAUGAUCUUAAUGUCAUAUCAACCUGCGAUUUUAGAUAUCCGAACCUUAAAAAGUAUUUUAAUAUUCUUGUGGGGAAUUUUAUAAUGGAUUUUACAUGCAGCUUUCAGAUAACAGGAUAGGAAUGGGAUGUCGUUAAUAUGAAGGAAAAGGUGAUUGAUUGGAAUGACAUUCUCCUUUUAAAUGAAAGCUUCAUUUUAAAUGAGCAUAUCUUAACAGAGCCAAGAAAUAAAAGUAAAGUUGGUAGACUGCACCAUGGAGUCUUAUAUAAUAUGAAAGACACAUAUUUUGACAGAAAUCAGGAUAAGCUCGGACAUAAACGUCUUGGUUUCCUGCAUUUAUCAAACCAUGCAGAGACCUCAUCCCUGCCCAAACAAGCACAAAUAGUUUAUUCUUUAGUUUAUUCAUUUUGACAUUUUAUUUUACAGAGGAAACAGAAAUUGAUUUUGUUUAAAUGGUGUACAAAAAAUGUACAUAUAAAUAUAUUAUAUUUUUCUAUGCGGUGUAUCCUUUGUUUUGAUCAACAUGCUGGAUUUUUUUAGGUGACCCUUUUUUCAUAAACUCAGUUAAUGCCAUCAAGUGUUCAACAGUCAGCUGGUCAAUUUAUAGACAUGC